AUGGCUCAACGCGGGCCGCCCUUCGACUUCGACCUCAACGAGCCGACUCCGCCGGAGGAAGAUGACGGAGCGGCCGACGCCUCCGGUGCCCGGGCACCGGAGCCGAUGCGCGAGCCCUCGCCGCGCGAUCUGCUGCCCCCGUCGCCGCUAGAUACGCUGCCCCCGCCACAGCACGAUGCGCUGCCGUCGCCCGAGCCCUCGCCGCGCGAUCCGCUGCCAGCGCCGUCGCCCGAGCCCUCGCCGCGCGAUCCGCUGCCGGCGGCCGUGCCUGAGUCCUCGCCGCGCGAUCCGCUGCCAUCGCCGACUCACGAGCCAUCGCCGCGCGAUCCUCUGCAUCCGCCGUCGCCGGUGUUGGACCUGGAGGCCCCACUGUCCUCUCUCGACGACGAAGACGACUACGACUACGACGAGGAGGAGCUGCCCCCGCCUCCGCCUCUGCCUCCGUUUGGCCUUCCCAAUGCCGCGGCGCCGGCGCGGUCAUCGUCCAGCGUGGACGCGCCCCACGCGCUCCCGGUUCGGCCGAACGGCCAAGGCGAGCCGUUGGGUGACACGGCGCGGCUCUCGUCGCCCGAGAACUCGGCGCCGCGCGGCCCCUCCCGGUCGGCGAGCGGCACGGCGUCUUCCCACAGGUCCCGGCGGAGGCCGUACUCCUACGACCCCCGCGACGACGACGCGAUCUCCAAGCAGCGUCGCGUCGACAACUACGACGACGACGCCAGGUCGUCCCGGAGCGGGAACCGCCGCUCCGGUUGCCCGCGCCGCUACGAGCGCUCGGAACUCGCUUCCCCACCGCAUUACGAACAAGGUGGUGGGAGGCGCGCGCCGGGGACGCAUGGCCCGCCGGGCGCGCCUCCGAGGAACCGGCGACGGCAGCGGCGGCCGCAGCACGGGUACCACCAGUACCCGGGCCCAAUUCAGAAGCAGCAGGGCCGCGGCCGGGAACAGCCGCAGGGUUUUCGAGGCCAGGAAAGGCAGCAGGCCCAUCAGGGUCACCAUGAGGUGCCAAAGGUGGGCUAUUCUUCUUACGAUCCGUUAUCUGGGUCGUUCGUCAGGUGGGGUUCGCCCGACGAUGACCGGCAGAGUCCGGAGCGAGAACCCAUCGACGGCAACGGUGGGUAUCACCAGCGCAGGGAAGCGCCUCCUUUCAGGCAGUCCUCUCGACCGCGCGGCAGGGAGGAUUCCUGCCACGGUCGGCAGAAUCAGGCGCAAGAACCCCCGAAGACUGGUGGGUAUCAUCAGCGCUGGGAAGCGCCAAGUCUCAGGCCGUCCUCAGCGCACGGCAGGGACAGUUCAUCCGGCGGACGGAAGGGACCCCCGCAGCAGCCCAUCAACGGCGGCGCGUACCAGCAAAGGAAGGCGCCCCGUGGCGGUGAUCACUUCCCCGAUCGGCCGUACCAUCCCUAUGCACGGGACGGCGGCGCGUCCGACAGGGCCAACGGCGGGCACCAAGCCAGGCGCGAGCCCCCGCCCAAUUACGAGUACCGGCGCGAUAGCAAGCAGCGCCCGUCAGGAGGAGGACCUUCUCGUGACCGUCAAUACUACGGAGAUUGA